CACGACUGCGAUCAUUGACCUUCAGCAACAGUCACUCUGCCCAACUCUGGCAUUCUCCCUGGUUGCCUAGUAUCAUCUCUCAAAAUGCGUCCCACCGCAGCUCUGCGGAUGCAAGCUACCCGCAUCCUGCGCGCCGGUCAUGGCCCUGACCCAAAGAAUGGAGUAUACAUGGGCUCGUGGGGAAAUCUAGGCUCUCCAGCGCAAAAGAACAUUAUCACCUAUGCCCUUUCGCCGAACCGACAGAACCCAACGUCUACCUUGCUCUCCGACGCCAUCUUUAACACUUUCCGCCGAACACGCAAUCAGGUUCUAUAUUGGGUUCCUCCCUUGUUGAUCGCGUAUCUUGCGAUGGACUGGGCUACCGAGAGGAACGAAUAUCUUAACUCGAAACCAGGACGAGCCGAGUACGAAGAGUAGUGGUAGUGGUCAAAACUCGCCGUUGGUGGACGUAACAUUGUACAUAAACAGAGGAUACAGCGGAAUUACAAGACAAGCCGAUUCAUUGUUCACCACACGUUUUCUCGAUCAUGCCAUUAUGUGAGGAAUCCAAUCCUGCUCCACCGCACACCAAGGCAUCUGGAAUGGGGUUUCUUGCGAGGUCCCCUAGAUAUCGUCCGACCACCCCAACGACCGGCUUCAGGACCAGUGAAAUCUUCCGAUAUUUCUUUGCUGCUAGGUCUAAGAGCUUGUGGUGACAGCUCGGCUCCUCCGAAGAACCACGGGACCUUGCAAAACUCCGUCCUCCCGAACGGUUUGAGAACAUGUACGGAGUAUAUUGCAAGUUUAUCCCAAAUCUCGGACCCAUUUGAUUGAGCCCAUAUUAGCCUGGUCCUAUUCUCGGCAUGUCGUGAUGCUCGCUCAGACUACUCAGGUAGCGGUUCAACUCCUCAACCCGCUCUUUGUGCGUCUUGACACCUUCUCGUUUUAAGCGUUCCUCAAGCUAGUUGCCCAUGUAUGGUCAGCACGAACCGUUCCAAAU